AUGUUGACGAAUGCUGAGAUGAUCCUCACCUGGACUGACCCUUACCUCACCUGGCACCCCAGAAACUACAACGGCACCACGCAGCUGAUAGUCACCCACGACAAAGUUUGGAUCCCAGACAUCAUCCUCUAUAACAUGGCAGACAACAACUACGAGUCCUCUCUCAUCUCUACCAACGUCAUAAUCAACCACAACGGCACAUGCAAGUUGCAGAGCCACGCAGUCUUCACUUCUGUUUGUAACGUGGAUAUCCAGUGGUUUCCCUUCGACCAACAAAGAUGUGAUAUGACGUUUGGUUCUUGGACCUCCGAUUCUCAUCAGAUGAAGUUAGUGCCAGGCCCUAGCGACAUCUCCCGCUUCACCCAGAACCAAGAGUUCUUCCUGGAGAAUUUUUACUCAAACGAGAAGAAUUACAGCAACCCUUGCUGCCAGACACCCUUCUCAAUGGUGGUCUACGACAUCCAGCUACAGAGGAGAGUCAAGUUCGCGCUGUUCUUCUUCAUUAUUCCUGGAGCCCUCAUGAACAUCUGUGCUCUGAUGGUCUUCUCGCUACCAGCUGAAUCGGGAGAGAAGAUAGGACUCUCCAUCAACUCCAUGUUGGCUAUGAUGGUCUUCCUCAUGGCCAUGAUAGGCAAUCUACCUCCCACUGAGAAGCUCCCCCUUGCAGGUGUGUACUACGGUGUCUGCCUCUUUGUCUUGACCCUCAACGUCAGCUUCUCCGUUUAUGUGCUGAACCUUAACCACUCGGGAGACGAGGGUUACCCAGUGCCUCGCUGGUCAAGGUCGUUCACUCUAAGGUGCUCCCGGCUACUUAGAAUAAAAGUUCCCAAGUUCAUCAUCAAGGCCUGGAACCUGGACGCUGUGAGUGCUGUCCUCUCUGUUAACCUACUGUAUCUUCCAGACCAGUUCCAGCGACGGUCCCUCCAAGCACUGGAAGGCAUCCAGUGUCUGAUGUCGAGACAGGUCUCAAUGCAGAAGAGAAAGACAAGAAAGUUUUUGCUGAAAGAGGAGUGGCAGUACGUCUCGCGGGUGAUGGAUCGAGUACUCCUGGUCAUCUUCUUUAUUGGGACGCUCCUCUUUCACGCCAUUAUGCUCUCCCAGUCGCCCUAUGGGGCAAGCUUUGAGUACUGCUCCCUGGGCUAUGGCAAGUGUAAAAACAAACAUUAA